ACCUCCCCGGCCCCGCCAGCCCCCCCCGAGCACGCCUGCUGGCAGCGCCGCCCGUGCGCCCCCGCUGCCAGGGCAGCGGGACUGGGAAACUUUUUUUUGGGGGGGGGGGGGAGAGAAAGGAAAAAAGAAAAAAAGUUGGUUUUUGCCCCCCUCCUCUCUGUGUGUCUCUCUCCUCCCGCUGUCAGGUGACUUUUUAGCGUUAGAAGCUAAUGAGCGUGGAUGCUCUGGGGAUCCCAGUGAUGGACCCUGCUGCUCUCUCCAGGCGGAAAACGGCACUGAGAUUAGUAGACUUGGCGGGGGCUCCUCGCCACCACCACCACCCCCCUCAGAGCAUGACAGGCUUCCCGGGCCUCGCCGGGCGCCCCCACACCACUCAGCCGGGGGAGCACGCCGCCGACUGCCGCCUCGGGCCGCAGCCGCUCCGGCCAGAACACAUGGGGCACCGCCACCAUCCUCAUCCUCAGCAUCGCCCCGCGGCCCUUAAGCUCAGCCCUGCCCCUCAUCCCCACCACCAGCUCCACCACCACCACCACCAUCAUCAUCAUCAUCAUCAUCAUCAUCAUAUGGCAGGCCAAGCCGAGGUGGUCUCUAGUCAAACGGGAGCGUUUGGCCCGGCGCAGUCACCAUCAGCCCCUUACCCCGUCUCUCACCCAGCCCAGGCUCUGGCAGCAGGUAGGGACUUCUUCAUACGCAGAGACCUGCCGGCCCCACUCAUGCCAGGGCUGACCGAGCAGCAGCCCCCUGCAAGUUCUCACCACGGACUGUUUGUCUCAACAACAGGUAGCUACCCCGGACACCAUGGUCACCACCACCACCACUCAGAAGCUGGGAAUCCCUCUCUGUUCACUGGACUCCAUGAGCAGCCUCCCCAUGCAGCUCCAGGUGGCCAUCUAAACGGACAGCUCAGACUGGGGUUACCUGGAGAAAUGUACGCCAGGUCUGAACAUUUCACUCAAGUACCAGCCUCCAGGACAGAUCAUUUUGCUGCUUCUUCACUUCAUAACUACGGUGGUAUGAACCUGAACGUGAACUUGGCUCCACACCACGGCCCGGGUGCCUUCUUUCGUUACAUGAGGCAGCCCAUCAAACAGGAACUCAUCUGUAAGUGGAUUGAGUUGGACCAGACUCCUAAAAAAUUAUGCUCGAAAACUUUCAGCACGAUGCACGAGCUGGUGACUCAUGUCACGGUGGAGCACGUUGGAGGACCCGAGCAGUCCAAUCACAUAUGUUUCUGGGAAGAGUGUCCAAGAGAAGGGAAACCUUUCAAGGCCAAAUAUAAACUUGUAAAUCACAUCAGAGUCCACACAGGUGAAAAACCUUUCCCCUGCCCUUUCCCAGGCUGUGGCAAAGUGUUUGCCAGAUCAGAGAAUCUCAAAAUACACAAAAGAACUCAUACAGGGGAGAAGCCGUUCAAAUGUGAAUUCGAGGGCUGUGACAGGCGCUUCGCCAACAGCAGCGACAGGAAGAAGCACUCGCAUGUCCACACCAGCGACAAGCCCUACAACUGCAAAGUGAGAGGCUGCGACAAGUCCUACACCCACCCCAGCUCCCUGAGAAAACACAUGAAAGUGCACUGCAAAUCCCCUCCUCCCAGCUCCGGCUACGAGUCCUCCACGCCCUCCUUGGUGUCCCCCUCCUCGGACUCCGGCCGAGAGCCCCCCGCCUCCUGCUCCCACGCUGAGCCCUCCGCGCCCGCGCAGCCCGCCGCCAACCUGAGCGAAUGAUGUCUACCCCGUUGCUCUCAAGGUAAUCUAGACAGACGCAGCUGAAAGCCUGAAUCUUUUGCCUUAGACAUCAAAGCAAGCUCGCACAAAGAAGUAUUUCUUCACAACGGUGAAUCUUCAUGGUAAGUUAGGAUUUCUAUGGCAAUAGGCAAGUCAUACUUAAAUAGUGAAAGGCGAAGUCUGGAGCCCGUCCAGUCUUUUCAUUAAGGACAUAAUAUUUACGUCUAACAGGGCCUUUUUCUUGUGUAUACAAGUAUAUAUUUUUGUUUGACGCGAACUAAAUCAUUUUCAUUUAAUUUCCGGUAAACAAAACCCACGCGAACAGGGCACUUGUUCCAGACCAUAAUAAAAAUGGAUAAGACUGUCAGGAAGAAAAGGCCCGCUUGAACCGUCGCCUCAGCUCACUUUUGUUUCUGCUUUCUGCCAGGAUCAGAGAAUGCUUUUGGGAUUUGAGGGAGAGUUUCUAAAGGCAAGGAAAUGGUUUUUAAGGGGGGAAAGAAAAGGAGAAAGGUCUAAUCAAGCUCGGGUUGUUCAAAGAGCCUGAUUUUGGGGUUGAAAGUGUGAGUUUUAUGGUGCAUCAGCAUGCCACGUUAGGAUCGCUAUGGUAAUGAGGAGAGCAAUAGCAAGCGGCCUUCAAAGGAGGCACACUCCAUUUGAGACAGUCUAUUAAGAUACAUUUGCACUGACCUUUGGUUUCAUGCUAGCUUAAUACACUCAAUCUGCUCCCCGCUAGAGAUAGACUUCCUCCACCUAAUGCACUUCGGCGGAGCUGGGCUUUGCUGGACUUCGCCCUCCCCCCGAGGCAGGCUCCUUUCCGGCGCUGUAGCCCCGGUCUCCUUCUCCCCAAAAUAGGGGACUGACAGACCCCCCAGGCUCGGGGGGAUCUCCCGCCCGCUCUCCUCAGCCUUUCUGACCAGCUUCUCGCAGCAAAACUGGCCACAAAGCCUGAGAAUUGCUUCCUUCUCUUUUCCCCUCCACCCCCGGCAGGGGAAGAUAGGAUGGGUACUGAAAGACCCCCCUCCUUGGGCUGUCUUGGCCCCAGGGAGUAGGUGUGCUCAUGGAAGUGCCCCAGGACCCGGGAAAGCGGGGCGAGGCAAGGGGGGAGCUGCCCGUGCCCCCCUUCACACCCCGCCCGUCCCGGCUGUCGCUUCGCGGCACCGAGCGGAGGCUCCGCGGUGCGGGGGAACUUGACACCCGCAUGGCCGGGGCCAUGGGCGCUGGGCCAUGGGCCCGGGAAAGUUAGAAGUCCAUGUUCCAGUAAUUGUCUUGUUGUUUAUUUUAUCCAAGUACCCUAGUGAAUAGGGGAAAAAUAAACACGGGGGAAAAAAAAUUCAAACAGUUGAGUCGUCUUUAGUGCCAGCCCUUGUGGUUGAAUAAAAAGGAUGGUCCAAUUUCUAUUGAGCUGAGAAAUCUUUGAAGUGGGAGUUAUUAUCUGAGAAAUUCCUGCUCGUCGUCCUAACAACGCUGAUGAAACGUAAAAGGUUCUUUGUCAGCGAUUUGUUCUCCUCUCUGUCAAACUCACCCUGCCCGUUAGCUUUAAACCGUUUCUAAAGAGAUAAAAAUCAAACUUUUAAAGAUAACUUUAGGGGCCCAGAGGGUGCAGAAAAUACCAAACUAUCGAAUCCUGUGUAUAGACAUACAUUUGGAUAUAUGUGGCUGUGUCUGCGUGAAACUCUGUCUGUGUACAAACGUCCAUAGAUAUCUGUAUGACCUUCCAGUUCGAAAGUUGAAAUUAUGUCCAUUUUUUUGGUAUUUCAUCCUCCAAACUUUUCUGUCUAAUAAAUUAUUCCUACACACACUCUGCACAGAAUGAGAAUCUUGAGCGAAGGCAGAAAUGUUGGGUUUCAGCAACACCACUAUGUUACCAACAAAUGUUUUCUUUCCAGUAGAGUGAAAACGAGACCGUAGACAUAAGAGUAAAACCUUUGAUAAUUUUAACGGUCCAGACACCUAUCAAGCAUGUAUAUAGUGCAAUGUAUCGAAGUUGUUAAUGCAUUCAAAGUGAUGGCUUCCAUAUGUUCUCAUGUUUUAUUGUCUGUGAGUGUAAGGAUAGUUGAACUGCAUCCCUUUUGUAUCUUCAUUUUAUAAACAUAACGGUGUUGUACUGAAAUGAUUCGCGGAUCAAGUUUUAUUUAGUAGCUUCUCAUUGGAGAUCAUGCAAUACUCUGUUCAGAAUACGAAUUUCUUGAAGUUGUAACUCACCAGUGUACUUCUGUUUUAGUUGUUACAGAAUGACCUGAGCCUAAUCCUGCCAUUCUAAGCCAAUACAUUAAUUUAAUGGGACCUUUCCUGGGUAAAGACCGAGUCAAUUUGCAGUGGAGUGGGUAUUAUUAUUAUUAUUGUUAUUAAUUUUGGAUCCUGUCAUAUUUAUGGGAAAAUCUAGCACAUUCUUUGUGAACUGUACAGAGAAGAAGCCUCUGAAAAAUGUAGCUCUCAAAAAAACAUUUACAAUGUUGAUAUGCUGUAUCUCUUUCCAAACUUCUUAUAUUCCUUAUUUUUCUUCAUCACGUGUUUGGUAAUGAAGGAAUGUUCUGUUGUGUGCUUGAACAUACUAUUUAUUUUUAAUAUUUGGAUUUUUUUACAAUAAAUAUUUAUAAACGUUUCAUUUCUAUGGUUAUUUUUACAAAUGUGCACUUUUAAAAUAUGUGUUGGUAUACUGAUGAUACCGAGCCAUUCCUAAAACACUGUGUAAUCAGCCUUGGCUUUCUCUUGGUUUUCAUAUUAGUUGACAAAAAAUUUCCCCAAACCUAUCUACUAUUAAUGUGGUGUACAAUCAAGUAUUAAUGCGUGGGGGGUUUUGUUGGUCUUUAACCUUUUUUUAAUGUUAAUCGUUUUAGGUUGGCAUUUGUAUUAAAAGAACAAAACAAAACA